UUGAGAGGCAAAAAUAAAGAAAUUAGUGAGUGAGCGAGAGAUGAAGGGUGAAACGUAUAAUCUAAUUUUGGAUUGGAGUAUAGCUUUAACAUCUCUCCUAUAUUGCCACACUAUUGGCAUGUUUAUUGCACAAGGUAAAACUCGAUUCUUGGCUAUAUUUCCUGUCAUACUUCUCUUCUUGUAUCUCCCCUUAAACCUCCAUAGUGUGUUCCAUUGUGGUUUAACUUUCUUCUUCAUGUCAUGGCUUGGAAGCUUCAAGCUCAUUCUUUAUGCCUUUGGUCAAGGCCCCUUAUCUUCACACCCAACCCUCCCUUUAUCCCAUUUCAUAACCACUGCUUGCCUACCCAUCAAGAUCAUAAAAAAUCAACCAAACCCAUCUCACCAAAUCACAAAAAUCCCUCAAAGAUCACCCAAAGAUUAUGCCCCUAGGGUUUUUCUCCUUUUCAUCACACUUAAAGCCUAUAGUUAUAAAGAAAAGUUCCACCCUUUAUUCGCAACAUCAAUUUAUGCUUAUUACAUCUUCUUCGCACUCGAGUUAUUGCUAGCUUUAGCAGCCUCUUUGGCUCGGACCGUGGUUGGGGCUGAGCUCGAACCACAGUUCGAUGAGCCCCACCACGCAACAUCCGUCCAAAACUUUUGGGGAAAAAGAUGGAACCUUAUGGUGUCUAGCAUACUACGCCCUACAGUCUACCAUCCAUCUCGUGCAAUAUUUAGCCAUCUGCUUCCAGAAAGAUGGGUGUCCGUGCCUGCAGUUUUGGCAACAUUUCUAGUGUCCGGGAUCAUGCAUGAGAUGAUAUUUUACUACCUUGGCCGGUUGAACCCGACAUGGGAAGUCACUUGGUUUUUUGUCCUUCAAGGGGUGUGGGUUGGAACCGAGAUCGUGGUCAAGAAAACCAUGGGUCCACGGUUCCAACCUCCACGUGUUGUAUCGCGGGCAUUAACACUGGCUUUUGUGAUGAUUACGAGCUUUUUGCUGUUCUUCCCCCCAUUCAUGAGGGUAGAUCCAUUUGCUAGAUUUUGUAGAGAGUGCCUUGCAGUAAUAGGGUUUUUUAAACAUGGGCAUCUAAUUAGCUUUGUGGAAUAUUCAUGUCCCUACUUUUAGAAGGGGCAUAUAGAUAUAUAAUUGGGCUUGAUUUUAUCUUAGUUUCGAUCUUUGUAUUUUUAUAUAUAUAAUUGUAGU